ACACAGAUAGCAUGCUAGCAAGGAUAAGCGCAGACGACGUCCCCCGGAAGCUGUUGUUCUUCUUCGUGGCAGGAGGAGACUGUUGCUUAGUGCCACGUUGAUGGAGUCAGUGGGGACGUGGAAAUCUGUCUCGAGUUCGUAGCCGGGACCCGGUAGCCUCUUCUCGCUUCCACAGCCUUUAACCCCGGAGCAAAACCGAAAGGGGAACCUGGAACAAGUACGGGUGGAGGGCUAUUUUGUCACCUAUUUUAUGUUUGGUUUAAUGUAAGAGAUAGCAACGAAGGUAAAGGAUGAAACUUAAAGAGAUCAACCGCACAGCCAUCCAGAGCUGGAGCCCUGCACAGCACCACCCCAUCUACCUAGCAACAGGAACAUCAGCCCAGCAGCUGGAUGCCUCCUUCAGCACCAAUGCCUCCUUGGAAUUUUUCGAGCUGGACUUGACUGAGCCAUCUCUGGACAUGAAGUCGUGUGGCAGCCUCUCCUCCUCUCACAGAUACCACAAACUGGUGUGGGCUCCCUAUGGAAUGGACGACCAAAGUCACCCCUCUGGGGUCCUCAUUGCAGGCGGCGAGAACGGCAACGUCAUCCUGUACGACUCUGCAAAAAUCAUGGCUGGAGAGACCGACGUGAUCAUUGCUGAGAGUGACAAGCACACAGGGCCAGUGAGAGCUCUCGACGUCAACCCCUUCCAGACAAACCUGGUUGCAUCAGGUGGGAACGAGUCUGAAAUCUACAUCUGGGACAUGAACAACUUUGGCUCUCCAAUGACACCAGGCCCUAAAACUCAGCCUGUUGAAGACGUCAGCUGUGUGUCGUGGAACAGACAGGUCCAACACAUCCUGGCCUCUGCCUGUCCGAGUGGCCGAGCCUCAGUGUGGGACCUCCGCAAGAAUGACCUCAUCAUUAAAGUCAGCGACCACAGCAACAGAAUGCAUUGCUCCGGUCUGGCUUGGAACCCAGAGGUGGCCACUCAGCUGGUCUUGUCGUCGGAGGACGAUCGGAUGCCAGUCAUCCAGAUGUGGGACUUACGUUUUGCUACUUCUCCUUUCAAGAUUCUAGAGAACCACACACGGGGCGUCCUGGCCAUUGCCUGGAGCUUGGCUGAUCCGGAGCUGCUCCUGAGCUGCGGGAAGGACAACAGGAUUCUGUGCUGGAAUCCAAACACAGCAGAGGUGCUGUAUGAGUUGCCCACCAGCAAUCAGUGGUGCUUUGACAUCCAGUGGUGUCCCAGGAACCCCGCGGUGCUGUCGGCUGCAAGCUUCGACGGACACAUUAACAUCUACUCCAUUAUGGGAGGCACCAACCAGGCGCAGAGCCAGAGACACGCUGACCAGAUUAGCAACUCGUUUGGGAACAUGGAUCCUUUUGGGACAGGACAAACUUUGCCCCCGCUGCAGCUGCCCCAGACUCCUGCCCCGCCAGCUACAGUCAACCCCCUGAAGAAGCCACCCAAGUGGAUCCGCAGACCUGUAGGAGCCUCGUUUGCUUUUGGUGGGAAGCUGGUGUCUUUGGAGAACCCAAAGCCGAACCCACAGCAGCCUCAGCAGCCCGCUUCACAUGUCGUGCACGUCAGCCAGGUCAUCACAGAAACAGCCUUUCUGAAGCGCUCCGAUCAGCUGCAGGCCACUCUGAGUGCAGGCAGCUUUGUGGGUUUCUGCCAGGGAAAGAUCGAUGCAGCUGGAAAUGAGUUUGAAAAAACUCUUUGGUCUUUCCUCAAGGCCAAUUUUGAAAGUGAUAUCCGAAGCAAGUACCUGGAACUUCUGGGGUACAACAAAGAGGAGCUAGCCUUAAAGAUAUCCGCAGCACUAGAAGAAAAGCCUGCUGUCCCUCCGCAGGUGGAGGUUCCUGCUCCAGUCUGCCUGCAGCCUUUACCCGACAUCAGCCUCAUGCCGCCUACUGACACACCCGAGGCAGCGUUCGACAUGAUCGCUGCAGCAGUGGUGCCGCCUGUGGACAAUCCUGAGGCAGCGUUCGACAUGAUUGCAGCGACAAACCUUCAGCCUGCUAUGGCCACGAUGGAAAUAGACUCCAUUCUCGAGCCUAAAGAGCCAGCAGCAGAUCCAGAGGACGCUCCUACCAGCGAUCCGGAAGAAAAUGUGGACCAGGUUCUUCCAGAGGAGGAAGCAGUGGAAGAGGAGAUCCCCUUGGAGGAUGAGGAGGAGGAGAUGGCAGCACCAGUGGAGGAGGAGCGGAGUCCUCCUGAGACCUCAGCUCCAGCUCCCUCCCCAGCUCAAGCUCCAUGUCAAACUCCAGCCCCAGCCCCUCCAGAUGGAGUCAGUCUCAGCAUCAGUCAAGAUGUAGACGGGCUGAUAACGCAGGCCCUGCUGACCGGAGACUUUGAGGGAGCUGUGGAGCUCUGUCUCCAUGACAACCGGAUGGCAGACAGCAUCAUCCUGGCCAUCGCCGGGGGGGUCGAGCUCCUACAGAAAACCCAGAAGAAGUAUUUUACAAAAACGCACAGCAAGAUAACAAAGCUGAUCAGUGCAGUGGUGAUGAAAGACUGGCAUGACAUCCUGAAGACAUGUGACCUGCAGAACUGGAAGGAGGCGCUGGCCGCGGUUAUGACCUACGCUCAGCCCGAGGAGUUCUCUGCCCUCUGUGACCUUCUCGGGGGCAGACUUGAGGCAGCAGAGGACGCCCAACUCCGAGCCCAGGCCUGUCUGUGUUACAUCUGUGCUGGAAACGUGGAGAAACUUGUGUCUUGCUGGACCAGAGCACAAGAUGGCCACUGUCCACUCUCUCUCCAGGACCUGGUGGAGAAGGUGGUGGUGCUGCGGCGUGCAGUGGAGCAAACCCAGCGCUCUGGGCCCACUGCUAUUGGCAUCCUGCUGGCCGAGAAGAUGAGCCAAUAUGCCAACCUGCUGGCCUCCCAGGGCAGCCUGUCCACCGCCAUCACCUACCUGCCUGACAACACCAACCAGGUUUCCGUACAGCAGCUCCGUGACCGACUCAGUCGGGCUCUGGGGCAGCAAGCGGCGCCCGCUUCUGCAGCUCCGGUACCAAUCCAAAGAGCUCAGCCUCAGCCACCUGCCCCGACUCAGACGCAGCACGCCUCAGCCCGGCCCCAGCAUACGUUCACUCCGAUCCAGCCCGCCAUGGUGCCUCAGCCCACUGCAGCAGCUCCGGUGCCCAUGCCGAAGCCGGCCGCCUCGGCCCCUGCACAGCCACAGUAUUACCAGCCUGUGAGGGCUGCCUCCACUGUCACCUCCUGGAGUAACCAAACUCCCACAGCCCUCCCCAAUGUCCCUCCUCCUCCUCUUCAAGUAGGCAGAGCCUCAGAGCAGCAGGUGGAGCCUCCAGGCCCCGUGUAUGGGAUGCAACCGUCCUGCACAGCUGCUCCACCUCCACCCUCCUCCACUCCUGGGUACAUGUACUCCCAACAGUACCAGCCCUACCCCCAGGUCAGCCAGUAUCCACCUGGAGCUGGGGGGGCGUCUACCUAUUAUCCUCCUCAGUACUCCUCCGCUGAUGCUCCUCCUGCAGAGCCCCCCGGUUUUCUUUCUCAGUACACACAACCAGCAUCUCCGGUCUAUCCCGGGCAACCUCCCAUCCACCAAUGCCUGCCCUCCUCUUCUUCCUCUCAUCCUCCUUUCUUUCCCACCGCCGCCUCCUCCUUUUCUGCUCCUCCCUCCUCCGGAGCGUCUUUCCAGCAUGGCGGGCCGGGAUCUCCUGUGUCUCUUCCUCCACCGAGUGGAGUCUCAGGGCCUCAGAAUGGCUGGAAUGAUCCUCCAGCACUGAACAGACCAUCAAAGAAGAAGCCGGCUCCAAUGAACUACGCCCCUCCUGCUCCCAUCAUGGCUCCGCUGGGCGCUGACCCCCAGGCCCAGCAAGGGCUCUCUGGGCCCCCUCAGGCCAUGGGCCCACAUGGAGCCCAGGUCCCCUACUCAGGCAUGCAGCAGCAGCUCUCCCCGCCAACCAUGAACCCCACAAUGCCCAAGACCAGCAUGGAGGGGGCACCAGGAGCGCCCACCGGAGAUGUUAUACAGACUCUGCAGUCCAUCCCUGCUGAGAAGAUCAUGAAGAAGCCCAUCCCCGAUGAGCACCUGGUUCUGAAGACCACAUUUGAGGGACUCAUCCAGAAGUGCUUGGCUGUAGCUACCGACCCUCAAACCAAGAGAAAGCUUGAUGAUGCCAACAAACGUCUGGAAGCACUCUACGACAAACUUAGAGAGCAGACACUCUCUCCCGCCAUUGUUGGAGGACUUCAUAACAUGGCCAGGAGUGUCGAGGCGCGGUCCUACACAGAGGGCCUCAGCAUCCACACCCACAUAGUCAGUAACAGCAACUUCAGCGAGACGUCGGCGUUCAUGCCCGUGCUCAAGGUGGUGCUGACGCAAGCCAACAAACUCGGCGUGUGAUGGGGCCGAGAAUGCUCUGAGUCUUUGACCCGUGGACGAAGCAGAGUAGUGGUCAGUGGUCAAGCUCGUUUCACAGGGAGCUCCAUUUUGACUCGUCGUGCAAGUGACGAAGAAGUCCGAGAUGUAUGAAAAUCCUGUUAAAUUCUUUGUGCCAUUCAUGAUUUCUGACGCAACACAAGCCAUGCUAUCAGUCGCACUCAGUGGUGAAAGUAACGUCUGAACCCUGUGAAAACAAACGCACACAAAGGAUAACCGGCUGGAGACUAGUUUUAUUUAAACCCCACUUUAGGCUACAUUUACACUUUGAUUUAAAAAUGAUUGUUUUUUGCUUUGUUUACGCCUUGCGUAAGACUACGUAACUAAUGGACUCAUGAUGUUAAUAUGGACAGAGAUGGGGCGGCCUCUAGCUCACCAUGCAAGAGCAUUCGUUCCAUGUUCAUCCACUGUCACUUUAUUAAAGGGAAAAGCCCCAAAAACCAUCUUUAAAGAAAAGAUAAUAUAGACGGUGAUUAGUUCUGCUACUGCAGCUAAAACUCUCGGACGGAGAUCCUUUUUGUCUGAAAAAACUCUGCUUAAAAAUGGAAACAGUUGUGUGGAUGUAGCCUAAAUCUGCCAACAUGCUAACAACUAACACAAAAUAUUAGUUUAAUUCAAAGUGGCAAUAAAUUAGCAGUAAUUGUGUUGAAGCAAAUCUAAAAUGGCAAGCAAAAUUUAAGGAAGGCAAAGCUUUAGCACAUUGACUAAGGACAUGAAUAAGGAAUUUAUAAACUGGCAAAAGUAGGAAAAGCAAUGGGAAAUUCAGGAAUUUUAAGGGCAUUUCUUUCUAUUUGUGUUAAGGUGAUCAAAAUAAAUGUAGUAUGGUUAAAGUUAAAUCUUUUGGCUCACAACUGCAC